GGCAAAAGGAAAUCCAACUGAUCAUUUUUAAGCACGCGAGGUUUGAUCAAUUUAGUUUGAAAACGCUGGGAGAGAGAAAGUAAUUAUGGAUAUAUGGUGGUUUACAAGCGUUCCAACUAAGGCAACAUUAAAAACCAUAUGAAGUUAAUAACAACCUUAAAAUUCGGCUUUGCGUUCCAGCGUCAAGAAGAGAAGUGUUCGACUUCGAACUGCGCUAAGGUCUCGUCGAAUAGGAUUGUUUUAUAUCCAGAACGAUGGUAUUGGACAAGGAGGACAAUGGAAAGCCUAAAGGCUGUGCUGGCUGCAAGAAGGGGAUCAAGGACCGCUUCAUGCUCCAGGCUAUAGGCAGAUACUGGCAUGAAGACUGUCUCAAGUGUGCCUGCUGUGACUGUCGUCUGGGUGAGGAAGGGUCCACUCUCUACACAAGGGCCAACCUGAUCCUCUGCCGGCGAGAUUACCUCAGGCUCUUUGGCUUGACAGGGAACUGUGCAGCAUGCAGUAAGCUGAUCCCUGCCUUUGAGAUGGUGAUGAGAGCCAAGGAGAAUGUCUACCAUUUAGACUGCUUUGCCUGCCAGCUCUGCCGCCAGAGAUUUUGUGUGGGGGACAAGUUUUUCUUCAAGGACAACAUGAUACUUUGCCAGCUGGACUAUGAAGGAGGGAAUUGGAAAGGAAAUGAUGAGAAACAAGUUCAGUGAAUGCUUCUGCUCUCUGCUGGUCAGAUACCAGGCUCAUCUCAGUGAACCUAUGUGCAGCGUCAGUGCUAAAAUGCACAGAAAAGCCACAGAUAUAUAGCAAUGUAUAUUGCUGUUUUCAGACUCUGGACUCUGGACAUGCUCCGUGAAGUGAAUUGCCUAGAUGUAUCAUUGUGUUCAAUAUAUAUACAAAUGUCUGUUAUUUUUUUACUUUAGAAGUUGAUGGAUUGAGUAUAGUUGACUCUUAACUGGAUGAAAUAGACUCUGAAUUGAUCUAACAAUUUAUUUUGAUGAUAAUGAAAAGUAUGUGUGAAAUCUGGUGGGUGAAAAAACCCUGUAAUUUGCCUACUGGCGACUGAAAGAGAGACCACUGCCUGCUGAAUUACAUUUACUUAUUGAGUGAGAAUAAAGAAUAUUGCAC